AUGCAGCUGAUUCCCAUGGCCAUGGGCUGGGUGCUCCUCUCCUCCGCCCUGCAGGCGGCCAUUCUGCCGCUGACUCUCAUCGAAAAGGGCAGUGGGGACGAUAAGCCCUUUCCCUUGGAUACGGAAAAGUUUGGCUAUCUGGAGCUCAAGCCAAAUGGUUCCCUGAUACUGAGACGGGGCCCAGGCCAGAGCGGCAGCAAUCGGCAGAACCUACUUCUGCUGCGUGGAGUCCUGCAGGCCAUCAAGCAAGACAACCACCACUCCCAUGGCGGGAGCGAGCUCAACAUCAGGAUCUACGGCGACGGAGUGGAGCAUAAGUUCCCCCCUCUGCUGGAGAACAUCAUCCAGCGCAUCCAGACCUACUUCUCCGUCUACCGCUACACGGACACCAGUCAGCCGGUGCGCAGAGACGAGGCUCCCACCAAGGAAGCCAUAGAUGCGGAUCUGGGUGUCACCACCGUGCGGACUGGCGGCGACGAGGAUGAUCUGAUAGCCAUUGGGGAGCAGGAUGCCUACAUUACAGUGGGCGAGGGCGCCGACUAG